GUUCCUCGGAGAACAUCGUCCACUGUACAUAUUGGGGCCUUGAAUGAUCAGGGGCUCUGCUGGAUUCGAUCCUGGAUAAGUCGUGGUGGGCUCUUCGUGGGUUCCUCAUUUCCAACUGAAUCCAUUGCGCGCCCGGAACACAGUAGAGGAGCCGUUCUCCCAAGAAUCGUGGUCACCUCGCUACCCGGCAUCGUGAGGAACUGGCCAGCGAAAGGUGAAAAGAGAAUGAGCACCGUAUGGCGAGCGAGCAACAAUCCCGUCCUGGUCUCUCGUUUUCUCCCGUCCUGCCACUGCACCAAUUCCGCCAUCAACCGUCUGGAUCUGGACGCCAUCUACCUACAUACCCUACCCGGCGCUACGUCCCUUCGCCUGUCUUAGAGCUGCUCUGAUUUGAGUGGCACUAACAAGCAAAGACGCCGUCCACUCGCUCGCUGUCCACACUUUCGGUACACCCCCCCGCCAAGCCGAACGUUAACCUUGAGGGCUACCUCUAUUACCACCCAAAAGAUCGCCACGAUCCAUCAUCCAAAGAAGGGGCAUCUGAAAACACCGCUACGAGUCAAGCCGUCGACCAGUCCAUUCUUUCUGAGGCGAAACCUCUCCCAUCAUUCCAACUCCUGGCUUUCGAUCGGCAACUGGAACAGCCACUCUGUUUGGCGACAUCGCGCAGGGCAUCGCAUAAGUGUAGUUAACACAAAGUCCUGCCACGAGGAACACCCGCGAGACCCUUCUGCUGUCGAGGGCGCACAGCAUAUGCUCGAUUUGUCUCAACACCAGCUCUGCGACAGUCCGCGUCUUUUGGGAGCCUGUACCUCUACUUGCUGAGACCGCGAAGUAUCCACGAACCGGCUACCUUCGCCUUUACUAGGGACACACACGGGUUGACGACAAGACAAUUGCAUCAAGCCUCCAUUGUCAUUUGCGCACCACGUCCAUCUUUCCUAUUGCGUCCGACUGGUCGAUUGGAAGCGGGCGGUGAACGAAUACCAUGAAUGUUCGCAAUGCACCAUUGUCACCAAUCUCUCAAGGCGCCCCAAGCGACUGGAACCAUCCACCGAACGACAACAAUCUCGGACAAUACAAUACUCCUCCCGACUCCGCGAACCCUGCCGGCGCUAUGAACGGCGGCUUCUCCCCGAUGCCUCAGAGCCCGAAUGGGGCACCCUCUCCUCCACCGUCCGUUGGCCGAUCCAGCACCGGCAUGUAUGCGAGGAGUGUAAAGAGCCAGAGUCAACAAGGGGAAAACCAGGAGUUGGUUCUGUCCGACCACUACAUCUCGCUCAAGCGCUAUCUGUCAGCCACCUCACGCGACGGCAAUCCGAAACCGCCGCCGAACAAGGCCCGCGACAAGCUGCAACGCCUUACUGAGGUGCAGUUUCUUGAGCUCAGUACCGAUGUUUAUGAUGAAUUGAAGCGCCGCGAACAGGUGGCCCGAAGAGGACCUAAUGCUCCCCCCGAGACUGCCCCGCCCGAUUUUCUUCUGCCUCAGGAUAAUUUCCAUCCUAAACGGAACCAGGCUCGCCAGAAACUGUCGUCCCUAGGUCCUCCUAGGUUUCGCGAUCUCGCCACCGAUGUCUUCUGCGAGUUGGAGAGGCGGUAUCCUAACUUCGCCAAUCUGGAGAUGCCUCUCAAUGCCAGCCCGAUUGCGAUGCGUGGCCCGCCAAGCCGCUCGGGAACACCAAACAACGGAAUGGGCGGCUUCCCUCCCAGAGGUCAAAGUCACAGACGCCCUUCGGAGGCGAGCUCAGUACGAAGUGCACGGAGCGGUCCUCCGAUGCCCCCUAUGAUGAAUGGUGGCUACGGCGUUCCCCCAUCUCCUGGCCUGCCGCCGAAUGGCGACUAUGGGCGUCCCAUGCCAAAACAAUUCCAGAGCAACACAAUCGUCCCAAACAAGAGUACCAUGGUCGAGGAGGACGACGAGGGCAACCUUAUGAGCCCAGGUCAGGGUGGUGAUAUGUAUGGCAAUGGCAGGAGGUCUAUGGGCCAGGCGUUCGAGGCCGACAGGAAGCUUAUUCAGGACUACGAAAAUCAGGUCAGAGAGCUGCAGGAAAAGGUCGACAACAUGGAGAUGGAGAUGAGGAAGAAGGACGAGGAGCUGAAUAACAUGCAGUCCGGGGAUGGCAACAAGAAAGAUUGGGACGAGACCAGGCAAAGCUUGGAGACGAAACUGGCAGAGGCCCAGGAACUGAACGACUCGUUGCAAAGGGAACUCGACCGCAUCAGGGAGGAGCAUGAGGACGAGACGAGAAAGCUUCGGGAAGGACUCGAGGAUGGUCGACAAUCAGGCGGCAAAGGAGACGGCGAUCUGGCGCGAGAGAACGAGGAACUGCGACAAUCUUUGCAAGAACAGCAGCAAAUAACGGACGAGGUCCGUCGCGAGGCCCAGGAGUUCUUGCGGGAGAUGAGGACGUUGUCUCAACAAAGCGGGGCUGCUUGGGAGAGACAAACGGAGUUGGAGAGGACGAUUGAGAGUUUGGAGAAGGAAGUCAAGGAAUGGAGAAGUCGAUAUGCACGCACCCAAACACAGUUACGCAGCAUGCGUGAUUCGUCAGAGGGUGUACCACUCGAGCAGAACGCCGGCAAAUACGUACGGGAAAAGGGUUUUGUCGAAGACUCUGGGCUUGUGAAGGACCUUCACGUUACCAAGUUCCAGAUUGCGAUAGACGAGCUCCUGCAGCGCGCUCGCAACGAUAACCCCGAGCGCGUAAUUGACUCUAUGAAAGCAGUCGUAGUCAGUGUCCGUCGUAUCGCUAAGGAUAUCGACGAGAAUCCACAAAACGACAGCAUUCUCCAAGAGAAGGCCAAGCUAAAGGCUCGGGUAUCAUCGACUGCCAACAACCUGAUCACCGCAUCCAAGAACUUUGCCAGCUCCGCGGGCAUCUCUCCUGUAUCUCUGCUUGAUGCAGCUGCAUCUCACUUGGUUGCAGCAGUCAUCGAGCUGCUCCGCGCCGCCAAGAUCCGCACCACGCCUGCCGGUGAAUUGGAAGAGGAGGAUGAUGGGACAGUAACUCCCGUCGGCUCAGCCAGCUUCUUUUCUCCGCGCAACGGCCAAAGCCAGACCUCGAGUGUCGCCUCUGCCCACGAGGUACUAGCGCAACCUCCGGCUUUCCAAGGGCUAGGAGGAGGAGGAGGCAGCAGGAUUAGUGUCGACUCGUCUGCCUACAGCGCCAACUCGCCGCGCGAAUCAUACGCCGAAAGCAAACCCACCGCUCCGGACCCUCGCCGAGUCGAGGACCUCAAGUUCUAUCUCCAGGACAAGACCUCGGUCAUGGUAGAGACGAUCCAGAACCUGGUCCAGCUGAUUCGCAGCGACGCCAACAUCAACCAACUGAGCGGCGAGAUCGCCAUCAUUACUGACGUAGUCAGCAAGGUAGUCGCCGAGACGGACUCGUGCCUGGGCAGCAGCGCGAGCAGCACUGUUGUCGACGUCGUGCGCAGGCUAAGCAAAUGCAGCGACCGGCUCAACGAGGCCGGCCAGCACGGCAUCGACCUCGACGCCCAGGGUAGCAGCCCCACGAGCCGCGAGUGGCGCAUGUGGGCGCAGACGCUGCCGCCCAUCGCGUUCGAGCUCGCCAGGGAUACCAAGGAACUCGUACAGCAGGUGGAUCGGUUGGCGGCUGCCGGUAUGAAUGAUGGCGCUGAUGACUUUGCAUGAUACCAAAACAACAUAAGACAAGACAACUACGCAUGAAGUCAAGAAUUGCGGAAGAAAAAGGCUGCAAUGUCUAUUCUUUUUAUCAACUUCUGGCUUCUUUUACCUCUUUUCUCUUCUCCUGUUUUUGGUUCUUCUUUCCCGGUCGAGCUGGGGCAACAGUCAGUCGUCUGUGACUUUGUAAAAAGUUUCUUGUAUCGCGCAUUUUGCGUUCCGAUCCCUCACCAUUAUCGUCAACAUGUUCCUGGUGUAUGUAUGCAUUGAUCGGAGGGACGGAUCGAUGGGAGGACAACGGACAGUCUGGCGGUUGUAUAGUUGGGGGUCGUUAUAGCUUUGUGGAUUGAUUUGUUUAACUUGGAGAAAAAAAAGGUUGGGAUACUGAAGUGUUGGUUGGGGGCGUGAGGAGAGGAGCCAAGGUGAAGAAAAAAAAGAGAGGGAAAGAAAGAGAAAAUCAAAGGGGGAGAGGAUUGACCGAUCUCAACUGUUUCUCCUUCUCCUCUCAUGUUUAUCUAUCUACCUUUGUCUCUUUGAUGUAAUGUUUAUCUUUAGUGUUUGAUUAUCCAUUUUCUUUUCCCCAUCCCCCCCUUCCUUCUUUUAGCUUCUUCCCCUUCUUCUUCACUACCUACCUUUCUUGCUUUCUUAUCAUCUUAUUCGUCCGUCCUACCAUUCAUUCAUUCACGCGCUCGCGUCCUUGUGCUGCUUCUGCUCUUGUAUAUACUUUUCACUUUUCCAUCCUUCUUUCUACACGUGUUCCUGGAUGUAUGUGCGUAUCACUGUUAGACCAUUUUCCAUCUUCUAUUGUUCUCGCAUCGUGUGCAUCUGUUAUACAUCUUUCUGCUUUUCUUUUUUUUCUUGCAUUGCCUGGACAUUGCUUUAUAGAGGUGAGUGGCAGAGAGAAUGAUGAGAUUGGUCAAUCGCAGCAAGACUUUGGAAGAAGCUACGGAGGGGGGUGGGGGGAAGAAAAGAGGAAAAGAGGAUAUCAGGCUGUUGAGCUAUAGAGAGCAUAUAUCAUACCACAGCAUACCCUACCAUGACUACAUGAUCGAUAAAAUGUAGUGCGAUGCAGCCUUUACUUUGGAUCUUCUUAGCUUGAGUAUCACAACAACUCGGU